AUGGAUAUUGAUAGAGAGCAUGCUUUUGGUCUUUUUGGAAGCAUCAGUGCAUUCAUCUUGUUGCUUUCACCCUUGCCUACAUUUAUUCACAUAUGGAAGAAGAAAUCAGUGGAGAAAUUCUCAGCAUUUCCAUACAUUGUUGCAUUCCUAAACUGUGGCCUUUGGCUUUUAUAUGGACUUCCAUGGAUUCAACAACAAAGAAGCCUUCUUAUGAUGACCAUUAAUGGACUUGCACUUGCCAUUGAAAUGGUGUACUUGAUGCUAUUUGUGUUGUACUCUAAAAAGGAAAAAAGGAUGAAAAUUCUCUUUAUCAUCUUAAGUGAAAUUGUGUUCAUUGUUUCACUUGCUAUUCUUGUUGCAACUCUUGUCCAUUGCCACAAAAAGAGAUCCACAAUUGUUGGUACUAGUUGCAUUGUGGCAAAUAUUUUGAUGUAUGCUUCUCCUUUGACCAUCAUGACAGCAAAUGUGAUGGGAGCAAUUCUGGGGCUAUUACAACUAAUGCUUUAUGUAACCUAUUACGAGUAUACUUAG